AUGACAAGCGGCCCGCCUCCAGCGCCGCCUUUCUCGUUUACGUUCCACGACUCUGUGUCAGCAUUGAACAUUCCACUAAAGACAUAUCUCACCUCCCAUGAGGAGUUUGACGCAAUAGCCACUGGAGCUCUCGUCUUCAAUAGCGAGAACAGGCUUCUGAUAAUUCAGCGAGCAAGCCAUGACUCCAUGCCGAAUCGCUGGGAGAUCCCCGGCGGCGGGUGCGAUCUCGACGACGAGAGCAUCCUCCAUGGCAUGGCGCGAGAAGUCUGGGAGGAGAGCGGCCUGGUGGUCAGUUCUGUAGGCCGCAAAAUUGGCUCGGCCGAGGGUCAUGUGUUCUUCAGCCGACGCGGUUUGCGAAUCUGCAAGUUCACGUUCGAGGCAGAAGUCGAGAGCUCAGAGCCGGUGAGACUUGAUCCAAACGAGCAUCAAAACCAUCUAUGGGUGACUGAGGAAGAGUGUCAAAAUCGCAAGGCGGAGAGGGACGGGACGGUGAUCGAGAUCAAGUUCACAACACCGGCUCAGGAGGCUGACAUAUUGGAAGGCUUCCGGAUCAGAAAUGCGGCCAAAUCUUCAUGA